AUGUCAAAGGACGCGACGCGCCACCCCCAACCGACCCCGACUUGCGUCAAAAUCCAAAAAAACGCGACUAGUCUAGGGGAGAAAAAUAAAUUGGUAGCCCUGUCCAGACGUCAACGUCAUUGUAUUUUGUGGUUAUGGGAGAUUUUCGGGUGCCACGUAAUUUUGAAUGAAAAAGCCACGAUGGGGAAUGCUGGAAGCGUCGAUAUUCCUGGGGGCGGCACGGAGGGCUAUCACGUACUGAGGGUGCAAGAAAACUCACCCGGUAGCAGAGCAGGUCUGCAGGCUUUUUUCGAUUUUAUAGUUGCUAUCAACGGCACCCGACUAGACCAAGACAAUGACACUCUCAAACAAAUUCUAAAAAAUGGAAUGGGUAAACAGCUUCCAAUGACGAUAUACAGCAGCAAAACCCAAAGCGUGCGGAGUGUGAACAUCGAACCUAGCGAUUCCUGGGGUGGGCAGGGGCUCCUGGGUGUCAGUAUUCGGUUCUGUUCCUUUGAAGGUGCCAACGAAAACGUGUGGCACAUUUUGGAAGUGAACCCCGAUUCACCAGCUGAUUUGGCAGGUUUACGCUCAUUCACUGAUUAUAUCAUAGGUGCUGACUCAGUUUUACACGAAAGCGAGGAUCUGUUCGCGUUAAUUGAAAGUCACGAGGGGCGAAGUCUCAAGCUAUAUGUUUACAACUCGGUUGAUGACUCUUGUAGGGAAGUUACAAUAACUCCGAAUUCGAGUUGGGGUGGUGAGGGGUCGCUAGGUUGUGGGAUCGGUUACGGGUAUUUACACCGCAUUCCUGUGCGAGGGAAUCCGCCCCCAAAACCGGUUCCCAUCCCCAAUUUCAACCCGCCAGCGAGCACAGUUGCUAGUUUCAACCCGCCUACGACUGUCCCGUCGACUUUGUUCUCUGAGCAGAGUCAAGUUGCGACAACUGAGCCGUCCCCCGUUUUGGUAAAUAGCGGUGGUUUGCCACCCCCGAGUACGAUACCAAGUGUCCCGGUUAUGAGUACGGUUUUCACCCCAAGUGUGACUACUGUGGGGGCGACUUACUCUGUUAAUGUGCCUCCGCCCUCCUCCAUCCCUCAGUUUUAUGCAACGAGUCCUUUAAAUACGACGAAUUCGAGUAUACAGUCGGUGCCGAUGUAUACGAUCACGACACCGUUCGAACAACCAAGUAAUUAUGCAGUCAAUACCACCCCUAAUUUAGCCGCUUAUAGUUACCCCCAAGUUCCGGUCUAUCCGCAGUUCACCCCAUCCGCACCCGUUACUGAUAACCAAGCACAGUUUCCUCAAGUGACUCUACCUCCGAAUACUGGAAUACAACAGAGUUUCCAACAGUCACCGCAGCCUUUUAUUUACGAUCCGACGAUCGCUGCGAGAUCUGCACAACAGUUGCUUAGUGGAAAUAACAGCACUAUUAGUUAGGCUUUUUAUUUUGUUGUCAUUAUUUAUGUUCUUUUGCAUAAAAUUAUAUUUUUUAAAUGUUAAUAGAUUAAUGGAUAUUAGUAACGUUA